CCAGAACUCAGCCGACCCAACAUUCGGAAGUCGGGGUUCCACUUCUCUUCUGACUGACGUCUCACCUCAGCUCCCAGAAUGCCUCACUCCUUCCAGCAGAAGCAAGCCCAGCAGAUGCUCCUCCUAUACCAGGGAGUGAGUCAGCUGAGAGAAGAGGCAGGACAGUCCACGAUGCGGAGCCACCAUAACCACAGCUACCCAGAGCUCGACAAGAUGGCUUGUGCAGCAGACAGCUGUAUCCAAUUCACGCGUCACGCCAGCGACGUGCUGCUGAACCUCAACCGGCUACGGAGCCGGGACAUCCUCACAGAUGUCACCAUCCUGGUCAACAGACAGCAGUUCCGCGCUCAUAAGACUGUCCUCAUGGCCUGCAGUGGGUUGUUCUACACUAUAUUUACGGACUCUCUGAAGUGUAACCUGAAUGCCAUCAGUCUGGACCCCAAGGUGGACCCCGAGGGGUUUGUCAUCCUCCUGGAGUUCAUGUACACCUCUAGACUGACGCUGAAGGAGAGUCUGAUCAUGGCGAUCAUGAACACAGCCAUCUACCUACAGAUGGAUCACGUUGUGGACACCUGCCACAGAUUCAUCAAAUCCAGUGACCCUGGCCAGGUCAACAAGCUGCCCAGAGAUGAGUUCUUGGUCAGCCCCUUACUGUUACCUCAGGGCGUCCAUGCAUACCGGCCCCACGAUGUGGUCGACAACCUGCCCGGCCGGGUCGGCCCCUUCAGAGAUGGGAGGCCCUACGCCUCCAGCAUGUUCAACGGGGUCAAUUCCCCCAGCAACUACCACCUCUACGGUCAGUUCCCCGUCCAGGGGUUCCCUUUCCCUCUCUGCAAGCUGACAGACGCCAAAAAUAACUUCGCUGACUUCUCUAAAGGCGGGAUCCACCACAAGCACUGUUCCCCCCCGGACACGGGCAGCGCCAUGAGGGUUGAUUACAGCCGAGCGGUGAGCGGGGGCUCGGCCAGCAUCCACCAUACAGCCAGCUACGUCUCCUCCAGGGAGGAGGAGAUGAGGAAGGAGAGCCAUGAGGGAGGGGUGGGAGGCUCCAGGAAGAGAGGGUUCGCCGCGGCGGCCCACGAGCAGCAGAAGGUGGUUCUGGGUAAGGAGCACGGUCCUCAGACAACAGAGGAAGACACGAGCCAGCAGCACUACCCUCUGGGGAUCUCCUCAGCUGGACGGAAGGGCCUGAUGAGUAGCCCUCAGAGCCCGCUCAAAUCGGACUGCCAGCCUAACUCCCCCACCGAGUCCAGCAGCAGUAAGAACGCAGGUCUCUCCCUCUCCCAGGCCGGCCGGGGUGGUGCCCUGCCCCUACAGGGCAGCCAGGAUCCCAAGGCACGCAACUGGAAGAAAUACAAGUUCAUAGUUCUGAACCAGAGAGCCACCAAGGAGGAGGAUACUGGGCCGCAGGAGGUGGUGGUCCCCUCCCCCCAGCGCCUGGGUGUGCCCCCCUACCCCCAGCCCUCUGACUCAGAGCACCUGGACACGCAGGCCAACGCCAACAUCAGCGAGCACGGAGAGGAUCUGCUUGUUCCACAGGCCUCCCGACUCAACAACAUCAUCAACAGAGCUCUGGAGGGAUCACAGAGGAGCUCUAACAACCACUCCUCUGUCUACAUCAGCCACUUAAAGUGCACCUCCUGUGGUGCCCCGCCCCCGCAGCACUCUGAAGUGUGUCCCAACACCCUGGCUUCCUGUUUAGCGGAGGACAUGAUGUCAGAGUUACACUCUGAGUACUCCGACUCCAGCUGUGAAAAUGGUACGUUCUUUUGUAACGAAUGCGACUCCAAGUUUGCUGACGACGGAGCCCUGAAACUCCACAUGCUGCAGACCCACAGUGAUAAGCCAUACAAGUGCGACCGCUGUCAAGCUGUUUUCCGCUACAAAGGAAACCUCGCCAGCCACAAGACAGUCCACACCGGAGAGAAGCCGUAUCGCUGCAACAUCUGUGGUGCUCAGUUCAACAGACCAGCUAACCUCAAGACCCACACUCGUAUCCACUCAGGAGAAAAGCCAUACAGAUGUGAGACAUGUGGAGCUCGAUUUGUGCAGGUUGCCCAUCUCCGUGCCCAUGUGCUGAUCCACACCGGGGAGAAGCCAUACCCGUGUGAGAUCUGUGGAACGCGCUUCCGUCACCUACAGACGCUGAAGAGUCACCUGCGCAUACACACAGGAGAAAAGCCCUAUCAUUGUGAGAAAUGCAACUUGCACUUUCGCCACAAGAGUCAGCUUCGAUUGCACCUCAGACAGAAACACGGAGCGAUUACCAACACCAAGAUCCAGUACCGCACGUCCACCACAGAGCUGCCAACAGACCCGUCCAAGGCGUGCUGAACUGUCGGGGGGGGCAGGG